UUCACAAUUUUAGCUAAUACGAAAAGAUUUAAUUAUUUUUUAGUAAAAAAUUUAUAUAUUUUUUAUUUUUUGGUUACUAUCCUUAAAAAUGUUUUUAAUUAAGUUACCCGAAAUUUGGGUUUUUUUACUUCACGCAAUUUUAUUUAUUGAAGCAUAUUCUAGUACGCCAAGAAAAACAGCAAUCAUUAAUCAUUUUUGUGAAAACGAUUUUUGGAAAAAUUUAUCUACCAUACAGGAAGUGCGAUAUGGUAGAACUUAUUAUAGCUUAGAGAGUAUUAAUAGCAUUGCCCAUAAAGGAUCAAGCAAUGGUAAAGUACGUAGUGCUACAUUAUUCCUUAGUUGUCUAUACGCUCAAGAUUUAAGACAAAUAUUCUAUAUGGUCAAUGAUUAUCAAAAUAUAUGUAAAAUAAUUUUAGAAACAAAAAAUAAUCCCUAUGAAUGUACCAUAAAUUUAUUGGGUAUUAUUAAAAAAAUAACUUUAUUGGCAACAGUCAUAAAAGAAUCAUUGAUUUCAUUGGAUGCAUUAUAUCAUAUGCGACCCAACACAAAACAACAUGAUUACAUAUUAUAUGAUUUUUUGUCACGUUUACAAAAAGUUGAAAACAUUAUUGUUCGUGAUCCUCCGUCGAAAGAUAAUCCAAAAUCUUGUGAAAUUAUCUUGAAAAAUAUUGAUAUUGUUUUUAAUGCAAUGAUAAUAUAUAUUAGUAAUGAUAUUAAUGGCGACUUAGAAAAAAAAUGUGUAUUUACUACUGAAAAUGAUGAUUCUAUACCGCAAGAUUGGAAGACAGUACAUAUUAUACAAAAUAAAAUUUUUAAUUUUGAAUAUUUGAAUAAUAAAUUUGAUGACGAAAUUAAGAAGAUUAUUAUAGAAAAGCUUUACAAUUUACACUUCUAUUUCAACAAAAAUAUUAAUAUGAUUGAUAUAGAAUUACCAGAUGAAGUUCUCUAUGUUACACCAAAUAACUCAGACAUGUCAAUAUUUAUGGAAAAAGAACAAAGAAAUAAAUCAAAAUCUGAAGUAGCAGAAUUAUUGAACUUUCUUAAAGCAGCAUUAACUGUGGACAAAAAUUUAUCUAACGAGAAGUUCGAAAUUGCAAGGCUAAUACCUGAAAACUCAUCUGAUUCAUCUGACUCAUCUGACUCAUCUGAUUCAUCUGACUCAUCUGACUCAUCUGAUUCAUCUAAGCCCAGAUAUAAAAAAAUUAAAGAUAUAGGAAACCAAUAAAAUGUAUAUGUUCAAGUCCUAAACAACUAAUUAUAAACAUAAAUUUAAUUUUUAGCUUUGAAAAUAAUGAUACUUGCACCAUAGUUAAAAUAAUAAAAAAAAUUGUAAUAAAAUGUUUUCUUAAAAAUAUAAUUUUUUUGAUUUCCAUUUCCAUUUUCACAUAUUUCUUUAAACUAUGUGGUCUAUUUAGAAAGAUAAUUAUUUAAUUAAUUUUUCCACCAAUUUUUUUAUUUAAGUUUAUUUUUAUUUUAAGUUUAGUGUUUCUUGUAUAUCUAAAUUUAUACAUAAGUUGUCACAAAUAUAUUGUAAUGCACUAAUAAAUCAUUGGCCAAAAUUAUGUAUUAAUUUUAUAAAAUAAUAUGUAAUACAAAUAAAUUUAAUAAAGAGAUAAUAAUAGUGAUGAUGACAUACUUUUGUAGUUACACAUAUACAGGGUGGCCCACCACUCACUGACAACUUAAAUAACUUUUGAUCCAGUUAAUAUUUUUAGCUGAUUUUUUUUUUAAAUAAUAGUUAUACGUUAGGUCUAUAGCUAUAUCUCAAUAAUUAAUUUUUUUACAUUUUAUUAAAAAUAUUAAUUAUUUUUAAAUUUUAAAUAAAAUGUAAAAAAAAAAUCUAAGAUAGCUAUUUUGUAGAGUAGAAUUUAAGAAAAAUUUUAGUAAAAAAAUAUCUUAUUAAUAUUCAGUAGUAAAUAUUCUGUAGCGUUUUGAAGUUUGUAAAAAUUUGAAUUUUCAUGUACUAUUUUACGGUUAUAAACAUUGAAAUACGUAUUGAGAAAAGGACAGAAGAAAACGCUAUCUUUUCAUGAUUACUGUGUAUACAUAUGAUGAUAGUGUGUAUACAUUACAAACUUGGCAUAAAUACCAUGAUAAGAAAUUAGAUAAGGCAAUUAUUACUUAUCACUCUCAUUCAAAAGUAUAUUGAAAAGAUAGCGUUUUCUUCUGUCCUUUUCUCAAUACGUAUUUCAAUGUUUAAUACCGUAAAAUAGUACAUGAAAAUUCAAAUUUUUACAAACUUCAAAACGCUACAGAAUAUUUACUACUGAAUAUUAAUAAGAUAUUUUUUUACUAAAAUUUUUCUUAAAUUCUACUCUACAAAAUAGCUAUCUUAGAUUUUUUUUUUACAUUUUAUUUAAAAUUUAAAAAUAAUUAAUAUUUUUAAUAAAAUGUAAAAAAAUUAAUUAUUGAGAUAUAGCUAUAGACCUAACGUAUAACUAUUAUUUAAAAAAAAAAUCAGCUAAAAAUAUUAACUGGAUCAAAAGUUAUUUAAGUUGUCAGUGAGUGGUGGGCCACCCUGUAUAUCAUUUGUUACAAAACUGCCAAAUAACACGUUAUUACACGGUGAUAUAAUUUUCUUACAAACUAUUUGUACUAUUUGUUUCUUUAUCAUUUUUUCUUGAUUUUUCAUUACUUGUGUUCAUUAGAAAAUUAAUGAAUGAUGUUUAAAUAAAAUAUUAUUGAUUGUUC